GGUAGUGCGCGUGUUUGUUCAAUGUCCAAUUAUGAUUAUUUUAUUGUUUGCAUCAUGUUUUGUACUACUGUGUCAGUGCAGUGAUAUUUACCAUACAAAAUCCGCGAUAACCUUUCGACCAGAUGAUGUUGCUGAUUAUUUUGGAUAUACAGUUGUGUUGAAUAAAACUGGGCUCAUUGUAGGUGCACCGAAAGCUAGAAGCAGAUAUAACGGUACUAUAUCUACAGGGCUCGUAUUCAAAUGUCGAUUUACGAAUUUAAACAGCCAAAAUACUACAUGCGUUCCACUAGGCAAGGAUUCUGAAGCGCAAGACACAGUUUUCGAGAGAUUUGCAACGUAUUCGGAUUUCUUCAAAGACGAUAUUUGGUUUGGAGCCACAAUAGCGACCGUGCCGUAUGGAAAAUUAUUGAUUUGCGCACCACGGUGGACAAGUCCGUAUAAAAAUACUCAUUUGCUAGCCAACGGAGCAUGCUACGUACAAGCGGAAAGACGUGGGGCCAGUAUAAUGCCUUUAAAGGAAAUGAAUCGACAGGCUUUCAUGACAGAUGGUUCUAGAAAGGAAUAUGGAGAUUAUGGGACGCAUUUGAAUUUUUAUGCUUAUGGUCAAGCUGGCAUCUCAGUUAAGGUGACAGAAGAUAGUGUAAUUAUUGGAGCACCAGGUCUGCUGCAAUGGACCGGCGGCAUUGUUGAGUAUAAGUAUUAUCCAGAUGAAGACAGUAUUUACUUCAGCAAACAACCCACAACGAACCCCUAUUAUACAAGAGACAUUGGACCGGAUGAAUAUUUAGGCUACAGCGUGGAAUCUGGAAUAUUUGAAUUGAACGGAAAGCCCCUUUACGUUGCUGGUGCUCCUAGAUCUAAAUCUGGCUUCGGGCAGGUAUUGAUAUUUGAACCAUCAUUCCGUGAGUUGGAUCCAUAUAAAAUAAAGGCAAAAGUGUUCGGUCCUCAAUUAGGUUCCUACUUUGGAGCUAGUCUUUGUUGUAUGGAUCUCAAUGGAGAUGGCAUUGACGACUUACUUGUUGGAGCACCCACUUAUGUUGUGAAGAAGGAUGGCUCGCUACCGUAUGAUCAAGGAGCAGUAUUCAUUUAUUUGACAGAAUGGCAGGACGGAAACUUUACACUUUCGGCAGCCGGGGUAAUUCUCGGUUCUGGUGAAAACGGUGCCCAUUUUGGACUAUCUAUUGCUGAUCUUGGUGAUAUUGAUAACGAUGGCUAUAAAGACGUAGCGAUAGGUGCACCAUGGGCGAACGACGGUAUCGGAUCAGUUUAUAUUUACCGAGGCAGCAAACAUGGCCUGAAGGAUAAAUAUGUGCAGAAACUAAGUAUUUCUAAUGCAAGAACUUUUGGAUUUUCCAUUUCGAAGGCGGUGGAUAUUGAUAACAAUAACUGUAAUGAUUUAGCUAUUGGUGCUUUUAAGUCGAGCACAGCAUAUAUAUUACGAUGUAUUCCAACGAUUCACAUAAACGCAAAAGUAAGAGUCCCACAAGCGCCAAAUAUUCCAUACAAUGCUACCAACUUUACAGUCCUGUUCUGUAUAAUGGCUGAUAAGAGGAAUUUUUCGUCACACAUUAAGUUAGAUUUAACAGCAACUGUUGAAAUAGAUAGUGAUGAAAACAGAGCCAAACUAGACGGAGAUACAGAAUACAAUCUGUCCAUAAAACCCGGAGAAGAAUCGUGUCAAGAACAGAUUGUCAAAGUUCACCCUACCGCCGAUUUGGCAAAACCAAUACUAUUGAAAUUCAGUUUGGAAUCAAAGGAAACUUUCACAGGUGACCCAACAUUUCCUGUUCAUUCAGCUCGAUUAUCCGACGACUCUGUAUUGAAAUCAACAUUUGAAGUUGAUCUCAAAAGGAAUUGUGAUGAAGGUAUCAUUUGCAGACCUUUACUGAACAUGACACUAGAACCGCUGAAAAGUCGCUAUAUUCCAGAAUCUGAUGAUGUUUUAGGCUUCAAAAUCAUAGUCAUAAAUAAUGGCGAACCAUCUUUUGGAUCUAAAGUCAGUUUCAAUCUUCCAUCACUACCUAAAAGACUGCCCAGUGUGUGUUCUUUAAUAGAUCAGAAUGUUACGUGUGCUGUUCCAUCGCCAAUACUUCGUGAUGAAUCAGUGGAAUGGGACAUCGAAGUGGAAUAUUCCACUAAAUACUUUGGAAAAUGGAUAAAAAAACUUGAGUUCUAUGCGGAAUUAAAAGAUCCUUAUUAUACUGAUACGGAUUUGGAGAGAAUAGUUCGAAAUACCACCAUUUAUUUUAAGCCAAAAGCAAGCUUUUCGGUUGUUGGGAAGUCCCAUCCAAACGCAACUUUGUCUGUUGCGAGAGAAAAGCUUUAUGCGAGAGACAGCAUUCAUUUUGCUCAUCAUUACGAGGUAGUGAAUUUCGGUCCAUCCAACUGGUAUAAUUUGACUUUAAAUAUUUCACUCUCUGAGAAGCUAAAUAUCUCGUCUCUCAACGAAGGGUGUUCAAAAAAUGCCACUGAAAUGGAAUGUUAUAUAAAAUCGCUUCCGGCUAAAGCUUCUCAAAGCCUUGUCUUGCCUCUUUUCUUUGAUUUGAAUUUAUAUGGAAAUUUUCUCGAGGAGAGGGGAGUGUACAACAUUGUAUCUGUUUUCACGUUGGAUGAACAAGGUAGUAAAAAAAUUGCGAACGUGACAACCACUCUCAUAUUAGAGUUGGCUACACCUGUAUGGCCUGUUGUUGUAGGAUCUAUAGCUGGGAUAUUGCUAUUAGGCGUAAUUGUCACCGUUAUGUAUAAGUACGGCUUCUUUUCGCGACAAAAACGGGAAGAUAUGAAAAGACUUCAGGAGCAAACAGUUUUAGAUGAAGCGAACACCUCUACAGCAGACCUGUUCUCUGAUGAAGCAAAUGAAUCUUCCACUGAACUUCUUACCGACCAUUCGGAGUAAUUAAUACUAUUUGUACUAAAAUACGAUGGCUUACAGCUGACUAGUUUAAUUGUAAUUGAAUUGGUUAUACAUAUACCCAUAUUAUCUAUCUUUUAAUAAAACAUUUUAUAAAUCAUUAAAACGCGUGUAAUUGUAACAGUGUUGUUACAUUAUAUUUUCGGCGUAAAAGUAAUAUUUUUAUUUUAGUUAACUCAACGUUUCAAGACCUUUCCAUAUCUCGUUUUCAUCACCCCUGUACUGUAACUGUUACGCAAAAAUCUAAUGUAAAAACAAAAACAAAAAAAAGUUAAAAUUUCACGCGUUUUAAUCCUUUAAAAGUGUUUUAUGCAAAUGUGUAUCACUCAUGUUAAUCAAAGAAAAUACUAUUAUCUAUAUUUUCUACUUCUUUAAUAUUUGAAUUCGAAUAUUUACGACUUUUAUUACAAUAUUUUCUGAAAAUGAAUAUCUAUUAUUUUUAUUUUAUUCUCAAUUCACAUAUUUUACAUACUGUAAUUACUGUAGAAUUUGUAAAUGUAAUCCUAGUCAUUUUUUUUUUAAUCUAUACUAUAAUAUUAUAAAGCUGCAGUGUUUGUUUGUUUGUUUGUUUGUUUGAACGCGCUAAUCUCUGGUACUACUGGUCCGAUUUGAAUGAUUCUUUCAGUGUUGGGUAGUCCAUUUAUCGAGGAAGGCUAUAGGCUAUGUUUUUUUUUUCAAAAUUAGGGAUCCGUAAUAAAAUUGCUAUUUUGUAACACAAGGUGUAAAAUCGAAAAACUAUUUUUGCGUGCGCUGCAAAAACAGUAGACAAUAGAACAAAAUGAUGUACAGGCUAUUAUAAUAUAGGCAAUAUUUUAUUACUUAUAAAACUAUCGCGUGCAUUAUACUUUAUAUGGCAAAACUACGUUUGCCGGGUCAGCUAGUUUUAUAUAAAUUGUAAAUUAAAUUAAGAUGAAGUUAUUUUUUAUAUUAUAAUGUUAAUCUUCUC